CACACACUCACUGCAGCGUCCCCUCUGCUCACUGUGCUCUCCGCGCGCACCGUUUGCAUUUGCCGUCUUGGUGCGAUAUGUCCUUGCGUAGUCUUAUAGUUACGUGCACGCUGGAGUGUGUUUUGCUGUGUCCAAACCGAUCUGAUGGCUUCUGGCGGUGAAGAGGGGCCACUCCGACGAGAUUUGUGAUUGGUGACACUUCGCUCGUUUGGCUUUUGUUGGAGUCCUGCGGUGCGUGUGCUGCGGUAUUGAAAAUAAUAAUCCCGCGGCAGAGGAUAGUUGGCGAGUGUCAUUGGCGAUCUGUAGUUAGUGCUGACAGGUAGUCAGGAUGGCGACAUUGACAUUUGAAGACUGUAGUUUGGUUGGCAACUGUGAACGGGCCCAGGAAGGUGUAGCUGGAGGAACCAGCUGUGCCGGUCUCUCUUGCAAAAUGGAUGCCCAGAUGCUGCAUGGCCUUUGGGCUCCUGACAAUCACCAGCAACAUACUCAAGCUCUGGAAUACCUUCAACAAUUGCGUGAGAGCAACGAUGGCUGGCAGAUGUGUGGGGCAACACUUAGCACAGGUGGAUCACAACUGGAUGAGAAAGUCAAGUUCGUUUGUUUACAGGUGCUAGAGCAUUACUCACGCACUGGCUACCUUAGUGCCACACCAGAGGAACAGUCUCUCUUCAGACAGCAACUUUCCCAGUGGAUGACAGCUCUAUGCAUGCAAACUGAUCCAGAGAAAGUAUAUAUCCAGAACAAGACGGCACAGUUAUUAUCCCUGGUAUUUGUUGUGGACUAUCCUGCACGCUGGCCAUCGUUUAUUGCCGAUCUUUUAUCUAUGCUUCAGCUUGGACCACAAGCUGUUAAUUUGUACCUGAAGAUUCUGCUAGCUAUUGAUGCUGAGGUUGUUGAUCGUGAAAUAAUGCAUACACAAGUUGAGACUGAACGCAAUACAAGGAUCAAAGAUACCAUGAGAGAGCAUUGUGUAGUAGACCUCACCAAUUCCUGGUAUGACAUUUUGGUUAAGUAUGAAAAAACCAAUGCUGAGCUAGUGUGUCAGUGUCAUGAUGUCAUUGGUGCAUACAUUGCCUGGAUUGAUAUCUCUCUUAUUGCUAAUGAUAGAUUUGUGUGCAAGUUGGUAGACCACCUAAAAGAACCUCUGUUACGGGAAGCGGCAGCAGACUGCAUCCAUGAGAUUAUCACUAAGGGUAUGGACCCUGUCACCAAGGCUCAGCUUAUUGAAUCCUUUGUUACAGUCCUGGACCAGGCUGGUGUCUUAAAACCUGUUGAUGAUGAUGAUUCGGACUUUCUUGUUAAGCUUGCGCGACUAAUUAAUGGUAUUGGUGUUCAACUUAUUCUUGCUUGGCAAAAAUUAGACAAGAAAGAUGCUGAAAAAAGAGAAAUGGUUCGAUAUGCUAUAGAAAACAAAGUAACGUUACUCCUGACCUUCAUGGCUAGUGAUUAUGAUGACAUAUCAGCUGCAGUUUUUGAUUUUGCUCGGGAUUAUAUUCAGUUGAUAAAGCAGACUGGUUGCAUCACUGAUGUUGAAAGAGGCUUGCUAGAGAAUAUGUUAUAUGUAGUUAUUGCUAAAACAAAAUACGACGAGUCUUAUAACUUUGAACAAGCAGGGGAGGAUGAAGCCAUGUUUGAUGAAUAUCGGAAGAAACUGAAAGUUGUGUUUGAUAAUUUAGCGGCUUUGAUUCCGGAACUUGUCUUAAAAGUCAGCAAGGAUUAUGUCAUAACAACGCUAAACAGAUGGCAGGGAUCAUCGUAUGAAGAUGUUGAGGCAGCUGUCUCCCUUCUCUACAGCUUGGGCGAGGCUCUCCCCGCUUCUCAUGGCAACCACUUCUCUGGGCCCUGCCAGGUGGGUGACCCGGAUCUCCAUCAGGGACAUGUGUCACAGGUCAUAGAGCGAGAGAUGGUUGGUUCUGGUGUUCGGCAGUUGAUGCACAGAUUAGUGGUGUGUCUGGAUGGAAGGAGCUUGAUGCCACUGCUUCCUCCUGCAUCUCAGGCUCUUCUUCAUACACCUUCACCCACAAUCUUAACAGAGUACCUGCCACUUAUCAACCAGACCAUCACCAAGUUCCAGAAGGAGAUCAGUCCAUUUCUGCAGAGCAUCUUUGUCCCACUUGUGUCUGCAAUCUUCUCAGCCCUCUCAGAACCCAUUGAAGAGAAUGAUGAGGAAGAGAGGAGAACGCGGAGACUACUCCAACGGAAUUACUACCUCUUCCUGACAACGAUUGUGUCUAAUAACCUUCUAGAUGUUAUGGCUUCCUUAGAUUCUAACAUCUUCAAUCAGGUUCUGAUGUCAGUAGUGCAAGGAGCUGUAGAAUUUCCAGAUCCUGUGGCACAGAAGAAUUGUUUUGUAAUACUGCGACGACUCACUGAGGCAUGGGGGGACAAGGAUACAGGUCCACCAGGUUUCUUGGAAUUCCUUUACACACAGGUUGUUCCAGCAUGUUUCCUUGCUCCACUCAAAACUACUUUUGAUCUGAAUGAUGCUCAGACCAUUCUUGCUCUUCAUGAAUCAGUCAUGUGUCUGCAAUCCAUCUACAAGAAACGUGGAGAGGAACUGAUUUCCUACUUGCGCUCUGAAUACUUGCCAAAGAUGGAGCUCUCGCCAGACUUAAUUAGUGAAUACUGUCAAGCCCUUACAUCUGAUGCCAAGUUCUUCAGAAAUUAUAGUAAACUGUUCUUUCAGAGAGCUAAAUCGUGAGAUGGGGAAGAAUUUUUGUAAGGGGAUUUAGGCGUCUUUGCAUAAUAUAAUGUCAGAAUUGUACUGUAAGUCCUACAUCUAAGUAAUUAAAUGGGGGAAAAGAUAGUGUUGGAAACUAAUUCCAGUCAUAUCUGCUGAAAAUCAGUAGUGGAUGACGGCUCUGAUAUCCUGAGUGACUGCACACCUUGGUCUAUUAUGCUUGCUGCCGGGAAUAUUCCAGUGACACGUAUGCUUAGUGAUGCUGUUCCAUGUUUUAGACACUGCUGGCUCUGCUUCUCCAUUCACCAUGAAGUCGUAAAUGUGAUAUCCCAAGCACUUGUUCAGUUUGGACAUUGUUAAUUUUUGUUGUUAGAUGUAUUGCUUUUUUCAUAUUUUAUAUAUGAAAUGAGGUCAGAGUCAUGUUGAUUGUAUUUAUCAGUUGUUUGUUGUAAUCUUAAAUUUUGAUAUUGUUUGGGGUUUAACUGAAAUAAGGAUAAUUCUAAAAAGAAACAAAUCUCAUAUUUUAAUUGACUGUUGCCUUUUGAAAAAUUAGAAAUUUUUAUCAUUAUAAUUUAAAUUGGGAUUUGUUAGUGAAAAGCAGCAUGAUUGAAGUAAUGUUCUGCAAAAUGCUUUCAAGCAGCUGGGUGAGAUUUUGGUCUCAAGUUGCUUGUCUUACUGCAACAAACAAGACCAACGUUCAGUCACGUGGGUGUGUUUUAACUGUGAUAGGCAGAUAUGAUUAGACCGCUCAAACUCCUGUAAGAAUGACUCGCUAAAACUCAGAUAUUUAUAUUGAAAUUAUAAGUUUAUAAUAUAAAAAUAAACGUAUGUCUUAGAUGCCAUAUUCCUUGAGUUCUCCGUUUCCGGGCAUUUCUUAUUUUUUUCUGGUUUUCUGUACAUUGAGACAAGUGAUGCUGGUGCACUUUGUUAUUUGCAGAAUCCUGCAUGUAUGCUGUAUAUUAGUAAAAAGAAAAAAAAUUUACCUGUUUUAUCAGUUUCUCAGAUCAUGCUUAUUUGGAUCACAUAUCAUUUCUUCAUUAUUCAUUGAUAUAUUGUAGUUCAUUCCAUAUUUUGUAUAAAACAUUUCCAAGAGUAUUUUAAAAACUGUUGCACUGAGAGAAACAAAAUUUAAUUCUGUCCUUUUUAUCGUUUACCAGUCGUCUCAUUGAAAAAAUAAUAAUUUAGCAAACUUAUCUUUACCUUAUAGUUGCCCACUAAUACAUUAUUUAAUGGGAUGUCAGCACUUCUACAUUUAAUUUGGUUUAUGCUGUAGCAGGCUCUUGCAGUCAUUUGACUUUAUUGGUGUUUUGUGAGUGCCUUACUUGUAUUUUAACAGUUUCAUUGGAAUAACCAUGAUUGGAAUGAAUGUUAUAAAAUUUUGUAUAAAAUCUUUCAUGUUAAUUAAUAGGAUAAUGUAAAGUCUUAGAUUAUGCUUAUAAUGUGGGAUAAAUCUAUGAGAACUCAUUCUAAUUGCUGGCACUGACCUUCACUCAAAAAACAAUGUUGCUAUUUAUUUAUUUAUUUUAUGUAAAGAUAUACAUACAUACUAAUGAAAUGUUGGACUGAGAUCUAUCUUAAACUUUCCACCUUGAUUAGAACCUCUUUUCUAUAGUCUGUAAAUGAAUCUAUAAGUAAGGGAGCUCCAAGAGCAAUUGAUAUUGGAACUGCUUGAUAGUUCACAAUUUUUAUAUAAUGUAAUUUUUUGUUAUCUGGGGUGCAAAAUCCCGUAUGUUUUAGAAUGUUUGCAGGUAUAAUUCUUUACAUUAUUACCCUUUAACAUCUUUUUCAAGUACUUACAUUAACUAUAAUGAUGCCUGUUAUUAUGUUAGUGUCACAGAGGCUCUUGUACUUGUUUCACUGAGAGACCUACACAAGUGAGUUCCUCUGUCGAUUGCUCUUUGCUGUUCUCCUAUAGCUUAGCUUACAGACAUAGGUUAGUGGCCUUAAGCACAAAUACUGUGAUCUCGUUGGGAUUGUGCAGGUGCCUGAUAUUUUCGUUAAUCAAUUAUUUUUCUAAUUGUUUUGUUAUAUUUAAAUACACAUAUGCAUACAUACAAAUAUACACAUGAGAAUUAAAUACCAUCAAAUAUUGGCAGUGUUCUAAUGCUUGCUUGUGAUGGGUUCUAUAUUAGUUGCAUUUACAUGGUAAAGUAACUUGAUAAGUGUAACUCUGCCCAUUCUGGGUAGAGUUCAUUGAAGUCAUUUGGAAAUUAUUAACAAGUAUGUAGAGUGCUGUAAAUGAAGAAUUACUCCAGGUAAUGUUCCCUGUAUUGGUAAAGGUGUGUGUGUGUAUAUAUUUAUGAAAACUCCAACUGGAAAUGUUUUAUAAUAAAAAAAUGCUUGAGCA